AAAAGAGCUAAAAAGAAGAUGGGAACAGCUACUUUCAUAGAUAUUCUUCUCGCUAUCCUCUUGCCUCCUCUUGGAGUCUUUCUCAGAUAUGGUUGCGGGGUAGAGUUUUGGAUAUGUUUGGUUUUGACGCUGCUUGGAUAUCUUCCUGGGAUCAUCUACGCUCUUUUUGUCCUCACCAAAUGAUUUACCAUCUAUCCUCUUUUCUUGUAUCUUCAUCUCCUUGAACAGCUGUUUCGUCGUGUUGUCCUCUACUCGUUAUGUGUGACCGAUUCAUCGCUUCUUAUGUUGUGUUUGCAUUGUUAUAUAAUUUUCUGUUGAUAUAAAGAAGAUAUGGUUUGUUAAUUGGAUUUUUAAUGCUAUACUUUGAAAUCGGAA